UCAACUGUAAUUAUUUGGUCUUGCGGGAAUAAUUUUCAUUUUAUAUUUUUAACCUUCUUUCGUACUUAAGGUCACUUUUAUAUUUUAAAAAAAGGUAUUUUGAAAAGAAUUAAAAAUCAAUGCAAGCCUCAGUUUUUUCCCCCAUAAGCAUGGUGGUGACGCCUUCCGAUUAGUUGAUUAAAUUAUUCCUGGUUUCAAAACUUGGAGGAGGUGCUGUGUGAUCUCCAAUAACACCAACCCCUUUUGAAAAAAGUAAAUAACUGCACGAAUUUGUCGAAGAUAUUCUUGUGGUGUGUCGGUUGUUGCAAAGGACGAAAUGGCGACUAGGUUAUUGUUUCCUAGGCUGGGAAGAAGUUUUGUCAGACCCAGGUGUCCAACAUUUCCAAAGCUUCAACCACAACUUUCCAAAUUUUCCACUGCAGAUGUUGCUUUGGAUAAUGGCACUGCAGGUGGCACCUGUUAUGCACCACUACAGACUUUCACUGAAGAGGAGAUGAUGAUGAAAGAAACAGUUGCCAAGUUUGCUCAGGAGCAAAUUGCGCCACUGGUUCGCAAAAUGGAUGAAGAGUCUCACAUGGAUGAAUCAGUCAUUGCUGGAUUGUUUGAACAAGGGUGGAUGGGAAUUGAGAUUGAAGAACAAUAUGGUGGACCAGAAUCAACCUUCUUUUCCUCUAUUCUUGUCAUAGAAGAGUUGGCCAAAGUAGACCCAUCAGUAGCAGUCCUAUGUGACAUACAGAACACUCUGAUCAACACAUUAUUGAGGAAAUGUGGGACAGAGGAUCAAAAAAGAAAAUAUCUGCCUCGACUUGCCAUAGACACGGUUGGCAGUUUCUGCCUUUCGGAAGUUGAGUCUGGAAGUGAUGCAUUCUCUUUGAAAACUUCUGCUGAAAAGCAUAAAGAUUAUUAUAUCAUUAAUGGCUCUAAGAUGUGGAUUAGUAACGCUGAUUUUGCUGGGAUAUUUCUCGUAAUGGCAAAUGCAAACUUCUCCGCCGGCUACAGGGGGAUCACAUGCUUCAUAGUAGAUAAAGCCACUGAAGGUCUGCAAGUGGGGAAAAAAGAGGAUAAACUUGGAAUCCGUGCAUCAUCUACUUGUGCGGUCAAUUUUGAUAAUGUCAAGGUUCCAGAGAGUAAUAUUUUGGGACAGUUGGGCCAAGGGUACAAAUAUGCCAUUGGAAUGCUAAAUGAAGGCAGGAUAGGGAUUGCUGCACAGAUGCUUGGAUUGGCACAGGGAUGUUUUGAUAACACCAUUCCUUACUUGAAGCAGCGAGUUCAGUUUGGGAAAAGGAUUUAUGAUUUCCAGGGUAUGCAACACCAGAUUUCUCAGAUUGCAACCCAGUUAGAAGCUGCACGACUGCUUACUUACAAUGCUGCUCGACUCAAAGAAGCAGGGAAACCCUUUAUUAAGGAAGCCUCUAUGGCAAAAUAUUACACUUCUGAGAUAGCAGCCUUGACUUCUGCCAAAUGUAUUGAAUGGAUGGGAGGAGUUGGUUUCACCAAAGAUUAUCCUAUAGAAAAAUACUAUCGCGAUUGUAAAAUAGGUUCAAUAUAUGAAGGAACCUCAAACAUCCAGUUGAAUACAAUUGCAAAAUUGAUAGAUCAAGGAUUCUAAUGUUACUGUAUAUCAACAGCCCAAUGAUACUUUAAUAGAAUACAGAUGCAGUACAGUUUACUAUAUAUCAACAAGGACGCACAAUCCAGCUUCAGAAAAUUAUUUCCCCUCCUGCAUAGAAUGUUUUCCAUUCAUACAACAGGGCUUCACAAGUAAAAACAAAUACCAUUUUGGUCAAGUUAUUUUAACAUCAAUUUCCUAAGCUCCUCUUUGAAUAAUUGUGCAUUGAAUUUUGACAUUGUCCCUGCAUGAAUGGAGAUAAAGUUAAUAAAUCAUUGCCUUUACUAAAUAUCUCCAUUAUAUAUGUUUUAAAUGAUUUAUGGUUGUAUUUGUGCAUAUAAAGAUAGCAAUUAGCAAUAAAAUUAAAAGAACUAACUUUUUAGUAGUCCGCUUUAACUGUUCUCAAGUCGUCACUUUUGCGGUUAUUCGUUAUUGUCAGUCCUUUGGCGAAUUGAAAGUGACUGUAAGUAACCUCCACUUUGUGGUUUUCUAUCUGUGUAUAAAAUCUGGCAAUGCUUUUCAUGGUACAGUGAUACAAUAAAUAUAUUUUUGGGCUUAAA